AGAGAUGUGGCAGAUUGUAUGGCCAUAAUUGUUUCAAAGCUCAACCAACCAUAAAAAAAACUUCUGCUCCUUCAGGCCUUUUUGGGCCCUUUCUAGUUCUGCUCCUCAUAUCCCCAGAAGCUGCAUAAUCUAAUCUAGAUACUAAACUAAAAAGGGUGAAUACAAGGAGCAAAACAGAAGAGAAGACCAAUUCAAGAAACUCACAGCAGCUGUAUGCACUAGAGGAGGCAUACUACAUUUCCGCUGCAAAAUUGAUUCAUGGUGGUUCUAAGCUUCCAACCAGUUCAGUUAAUUCCAACUAGUUCCUUACAGAGACGGCGGGGAGCGAGUGGCGGCCGCAGUAGUACUUGUGCUACUAUCAGGUGUGGAAUUGCAGAGCCGUCGGGGGAGCCAGCACCUUUGGGGCAGAAAACCAAGUACAACGAUGGGUUUUUCGAGAAGGCAUUCAUGACUCUGUUUGCUCGCAAGAUGGAGAUAUAUGCUCCUAAAGCCGCCGCGGAUAGUAAUAAGAAGAAUAAGGGUUGGUUUGAUUAUGACUACGAGAGUUUUGUGGAUGUGUCUAAGAGUGUAAUUCUAGGAAGGAAUCGUUUGCAGCAGCAGCAAGUGGUUAGAGAGGUGCUCUUGUCUAUGCUCCCUCCUGGUGCCCCUGCUCAGUUUAGGAAACUGUUUCCUCCUACGAAGUGGGCUGCAGAGUUCAAUGCUGCUUUAACAGUGCCUUUCUUCCACUGGUUAGUUGGGCCUUCUGAGGUGGUGGAAGUGGAGAUAGACGGGUUAAAGCAAAGAAGUGGAGUCCAUAUAAAGAAGUGCAGGUACCUGGAAAACAGCGGGUGCGUCGGAAUGUGUGUGAAUAUGUGCAAAAUUCCUACCCAAGAUUUCUUCACCAACGAAUUCGGGCUUCCGUUAACCAUGAUCCCAAAUUUUGAAGACAUGAGUUGCGAAAUGGUGUAUGGCCAAGUCCCACCACCAUUCGAAGAGGACCCUGUGUCCAAACAGCCCUGUUAUGCAGAUAUUUGCUCCAUUGCAAAUCCCAACUCCACCAUGUGUCCUAAACUACAAGCUUGAGAAUGCCCGGUGAUUGAGAUUCAUCACAUCCUCUAUGCGUCUCCUUCUUGUUUGCCUUUCCAACAGAACCACAUUCCACUAUAGAGCCAUUACCGAUAUAUGCUCUUCAGGACUAUGAAUGAAACAUUGUAAAGUUACGAUUUAUGUCUUCUCAUUUGGCACAAUUGGGAGACGAUCUCGGUAGUAUCCUUCUAGAAUUAUACCCCAUUCAAAUGUGUAAGCAACAACAAAGUGUAUGUCAUAUGAACAUUAUAACUUGUAAUGUUCUGCUAAAAAAAUCUUCUCUUUUUAAUCUCGUUUUGAUAGUAGUUUAUACUUUUUGGCGAUUCAUCCUAGUUUGUAGACGCAAUCUUUUCCACAUCUUGCUAAUAGCAGUGCUACUGUUCCACUUUCAA